GCCCUACCCCAAGCCAGGUCUGCCGUGUGUGAUAAGCUGAAUGACCCAGCUAGCUACACCCGUGCGUGUACUACCCUGCAGUCUCCACGUUUCUCCUCUUAGACCCUAGAAAGGGCAUCCAGCACCGUUAAGUUCUUCUUCUCUGAGGCGUUCAUGGGUCAGCACUUCCAGGAGGUGGAGUUAGACAAAGGGGAGCCUCAGCCCGGAGACCUCUUCCUGUUCAAGUUGCAGUCUCCUAGGGCACAGUGGUUCGGGGCCCACGUGGGUGUUUACUGUGGCCACGGAGAGAUCAUACACUUUGAGGGCAGGACCUCUGGCAGUGGUGGACUACAAACCCUGCUGGGUUACUGCGAAGGUGUGGUGUGCAAACAGGGUCACCGCGCGCUGCAGCGCUCCCGAAAGCUCUGGCGUGUGCUUCGCAGACGCGGUGGCAUUGACCCCAAGGUGCUGGAGCGCCGCGUGCAAGAAGCUAUGAACAGCGAUCCUCCUCUCUAUAAUCCCACUAGCAGCAACUGCGUGCACUUUGCACUGAACCUGUUGGGCGUGGACUCAAUGUCAAUGGAAAUGGACUUAACCACGGAUUAAUGUGACCUUAGUCCCUCCUGAGUGGGGCAGAAGAGGCUUCAGAAAGGAUCAUU